GCCUGGGGAUUUCCCCUUCCUUCGCGCUACAUGGUCUGACAGUGGUCCGGCUUUCUGCGGGCUACGGGAGAUGGAGAAAGGGCAUCAAGAUUGGAACUCGAGUCGUUAGCACCGACGAUCAGCGCCUCAGCAAAAGUGCUGCUCCUCAACUUACUAUUGAUCAAUCGAUCAUAGAGGAGGCCAUAUGAGACCUUCUCAGUGCAAAAUCGUCAAUGUUGGACAACACGAUCACGUAGGAAGUGCACCGCGACACACUUCGAAAAUUGCAUUCGCCCAGUAUGGCUGACGUCGAUCCUAUUAUUGAGGCCGUAUUCGGUCCUCUCCCGUCGGGAAUCUCACUGGAGGACUCGAUUGCUAUGGGAUAUGAUGUGGUUUCAUGUGUAGUUCUGGGAGUCGCAGCAGCAGCUGUUGCUCUGCGCUUCUAUGUUCGCACGAUGGGCAGGGCGAGUAAUCUCGGUAUCGACGACUAUACAGUCCUUGUUGGUUUGCUUAGUACCGGUGCCCUCGUAGCAACGACAGUUAUUGCUGGAGAAUAUGGAUCUGGCAAACACGUAUGGUCAACCACCGUACCACGUUUAAUGACAUUGCUGAAGGUAGUGUUCGCGGAGCCUUGGGUAUAUGCAGCAGCCGUAACGUCGACAAAGAUCAGCAUCCUACUUUUAUAUCGGCGACUAUUCUACGUGGGAGACACCAAGAUCGCAGAAAACAGUCGGCCUUUCGUUAUAACAUUCUGGACGGCCGCUUUCUUUACCUGCUCCUACCCGAUAAUCAUGUGGAUUACGAUGGCGUGCGCUUGCCGUCCCAUGAGCUUCUACUGGAGACAGUACGCAGGAGCUACUGAUGGUAAAUGUAUCGACGUGUUAUUGUUCUUUCUGGUAUUCGGCAUCAUCAACAUGGUGAACGACGUCGUCAUUUUGGUGGUUCCCAUCCCGCGUAUCGUGCGACUGCACAUGAACAAACGCAAGAAGGUCUCUGUCGCUGGCAUUAUGUUGCUCGGUAGCUUUGUUUGCGUUGCCAGUAUCGUCCGCAUCUACUACCUGAAGAGGCUAACAAUAGAAGCCGACGUCACCUGGAUUCUCGGCCCAGCUUUUGGCUGGUCCAGCCUCGAACCGUCCGUGGGCAUCAUCGCAGCCUGCCUCCCGACCUACGCGCCGCUGUUCCGAAGCAUACGCGACAAAUCUACCAACAGCGGCAAGGGGACAGGCAGUAAUGGCUACAUGAGCGGUAAUGGGACAUCACGGCGGGGCAAUCAAAGCCAGGCCGCAAGUUUUAUGCAUGGGCAGUCGCACUUUCGGAUCGAGGACGAUGAGAUCGAGCUGACGGGGAAGAAACGCCACAUGCGAGGGAACGGGAGCCAGGCAGAUACGAUGAGCAGGAACAGCUCCGAGAAUGAUCAUGGUAUCACAGUUAAAACACAAAUACAGGUCAGGUCAUCCGGGGUGUAAUACAUAGCCAAGAUUUACGAAAGGAGAGAGCCAUAAUAAUUGUAAUAAAUAUCAGAAAUUCAGUUUAAAGACCGUACUUGAACAAGCAUGCUUACCCACGUGAGAUCUGAGGUUGCCUGUCACGCUCUUGUGUAUUAUCAUGCUAUAAUGCUGUCAGAACCGGGGCUAAUAACGGCAAAAGCUG